AUGGCUUCUUGGUUCACCCCGCGUCGGUUUCUGGUGUACAGCGCCUACUUUGUCGGCGCCUUCUCCACGAUCGUCGGAGUCUUCAUCUCCAGACAUAUUUGGGACAUCCACACUACCGUCCGGCUUAUCGAGAAGUCGUGGGAUGUGCGCGGAAAAGACUAUCGCAAUGUCUCCUGGGUAGACAAGGCUUCGCACGCCCUGCUCGCUGGCCACGAGGAUGUGUCGGAGUACAAUGACCUGUUCUGGGCCAAAUAUUAUGAAUUAGACACGGUCGAGGAUGUCCCAGGAUCAUUCAAUCGCUCCAAUCUGACGACUUGCGAGCCUGACCAUGCCACCGAAUGGGCUGAUGCAAAUGCCGGAUAUGACAAAUGGGGCUUUGUGCUCUACCGGACCGACUACGAGGAGGAUGAAGAGACGUGGGCAGAGACUGUCCAGCAUAUAAAUCAUACCAUCCGCGCCCAUUUAGAGAUCGAAGCCACCCAUCACGGUAGUGAAUGCGAUCCAGACCUCAUCCGUGAUCGCGCUGUGCUCGAGAUCAUUGAGGACCGGGAGACUCUGGACGGUGCCAAGCCUGAGGCGAUCCAAGCACUGUGGCGCGAACGAGUCGAUGCUGGUCUUGUUGACAGCACCUCCAAGACGGGCGGAUGGGACUGGGGAUGGUUCAGGAUAAACCUUAAUGUUUGCAAUCGCGACGAUGAUGGCGAGUGCAAGAAAGCUAAUGGAAUGGCGCUUAAUUUAUGUCUCAUGUACGAUUCGAGCACACGGUAUAUGAUGCAGCUCGCCGCAAGCGGAUUGCCGGCCACUGGACCGCGCGACCCAUGGGAACCUUUCCUCUUGGCCAUUGAUGGCAUCUGGAGCCCUGAUAAGUACAUGUAUAAAACAACAUGGGCGCAUGAGUACCGAGGCUCGUAUGGCGUCGCCCUCUCCAUUCUAUUCAACGAUUUUCAUGGGAAAACCUUUGAGCGUGAGAUGGAAAGACAGGCUCCGUACAUGUUCAUGGGUGAGUUAGUCAAAGCCGCGAACGAUUCUGUGAUCCACGCUAACCGGUGCCCUCUUUGGCUAGGUGGUCCCGUGAUGAACCGUAAAGCGCCUUGGUGGCAGUUUCCGUUCGAGGCCGUUAUCAACUCGAUGCACGCAGUUGCACGACCGGGGCGUUUUCCGUUCCACGACCGGUGGCAGGAGAUGUCUUACCCAUUCGUGCGUGAAGAUAGCCAUUGGAAAGAUCCUGCCCAACCUGAGAGCAUCCAAGUAGACGGAAGCGUAACAACGCCUCAGGAAUCAAGCGCCCUCGACCCCAAUCGGUUGCUGAAACCCAGCCCUUUCACAUACUAUACUCUGUGCUCCGACUCCGACGAAAACCAGGAAGAUUGCUUCCAGAACGGCAAUCUUCGCGUUAGACCGCAUAUCAUAAAGGAGCGAGUAUCUAUGAACGGUCGUAAGCAAGACGCUUUGGUCGAGGAAGAGCCAUCUUGA